CUCACAUUCAAUCUCAUUCCCUCAUACCAUACCUACCCUACAACCCACAGAACACAAACAAUGCCCCCCCCACUAUCCUACGGCCUCAACCUCCCCACUAAACCCACCUCCAAACCCAAGCCCGGACUCAACCCUCUUGGCGGCCAAAAACGCAAGAAAACCAUCUUCGACGAUUCCGACUCGGACACUGAAUCUCCCUCCACCACCAAGAACAAUAAUGCUGGCAACGAGAUUGAGAUCUCGACGAUAGGCGGGAUCGAAGAAUCCAGCACUUUCCCAACCACCGGGAAAACCCACCGCGAAGGAGGCGAAGGGGACUCACGACCGCAGAAACGCAAACUGCUUGCGCCUGGAGCGACGGCGGGAUCGAAGCCACCGAAUUUGAAACCGUUGAGUAAGAAGUCGAUUUUCGCGGAUGAUGACGAUGAGGAAGAUGGUGCUGGGAAGGGGGAGAAUGCCACAGUCUACGGAUUAAACCCGUCGUCUACAAGCGGCCAGAAAAAGGAAUACACGAACUUGUCGGCCCUGCAUAGCAGUCGGAAACAUGCCUCCGAGGCAGAGACCCUCGAUCCGUCGAUAUAUUCCUACGAUGCGGUGUACGAUAGUCUACAUGCGAAACCGGACGGGAAGAAAAAGGCGGCGGCGGAGGAGAAAGGGGCGGGGAAUGAAGUGCCGAAGUAUAUGACGUCGUUGUUGAAGAGCGCGGAGGUGCGGAAGCGGGAUCAGAUGCGGGCGCGGGAUCGGCUGUUGGCGAAGGAGCGGGAGGCGGAGGGAGAUGAGUUUGCGGAUAAGGAGAAGUUCGUGACGGCGGCGUAUAAGGCGCAGCAGGAGGAGUUGCGGCGGGUGCAGGCGGAGGAGGAGGCACGGGAGAAAGAGGAGGAGGAGCGGCGGAGGAAGAAUGGGGGGUCCGGGAUGGUGGGGUUCUAUCGGGAUAUGUUGUCGCGAGGGGAGGAGAGGCAUGAGGCGGUGGUGAAGGCUGCGGAGGAGGCGGCGAAACGGGUGAAAGAUGGAGUGGUGGAGGAGGGGGCGGAGGAGGAGGAGAAGAAGAAGAAGGAGAAGUCGGAGGCACAGGUGGCGGCGGAGUUGAAUGCCAAGGGGGCGCAUAUUGCGGUCAAUGAUGAGGGUCAGGUGGUGGAUAAGCGACAGUUGUUGUCGGCGGGGUUGAAUGUUGCACCGAAGCCAAAGGCCGCGCCGAAGGAUGCGGCAGCGGCAGCGGCAUCGCGGGCAUCGGUGCAGGCGAGGUUCGGGGCUCAGCGGCAAGCCGAGCGGGGUGGCCAGCGCGCGCGCCAGACGGAGAUGAUAGCGUCGCAGUUGGAGGAGCGGGCGCGACAGGAGGAAGAGGCCGAGGCGGCGCGGCAGAAGGAGAUUGCGGAGCGGAGUCGCAGUCGCAAGACGGAGGGCGAGGUGAUGAGUGCGAAGGAGCGGUAUUUGGCCAGAAAGAGGGAACGCGAGGCUGCGGCGAAGAAGGCGUAGUGGAUGUAUUCUUAUGCAUCGUUGGCGUUGGUCUAGUUUCUGUACAUUAUAUGAUAUCAUGAAUGAUUGCCAGACAGGAUGGCUUGGAUUUGCUGACAUACGAGGACUGAUUAGCAUUGGUCUAAUUGGCAAGCCCAAACCGCCUAGACCAUGAUCGACAACGCUAUCGAACCCUAGCAAGAAUGGCAUGUCUGAUUGUGGUACUAACUAAUAGGUUACAGCCACUCUAUAAUUCAAUGUCGUUACUCGUUAAUAAU